UCGUUGCCUCCUGCGACUCCGCUGCACUAUAAAAUAGCCUAUUGUCGUUCUCUGGGCACCUGAAGCGCAGGGAAAGUAUUGCGCAGACAUGGACAUUCUGACUAUGUUGCCCUCCAGCUUUGGAUAUGUCAUAUUUACCUACCUCUACAGCUGGAUUAUGGUGACCUAUUUAGCGAUCAAGGUUGGGGGUGCCAGGAAGAAGUACAAAAUCGAGUAUCCCACCAUGUACAGUGACAAGGAUCCUGUGUUCAACUGUAUCCAGAGAGCCCAUCAGAACACCAUGGAGGUGUACCCUCUGUGGCUUGUUUUCCAGACCAUUGCAGGUCUUGUCUACCCGUUGUCGGCAUCUGUGCUGGGGGCUAUUUGGGUGACCAGCAGGUUCUCCUAUGCCUGGGGCUACUACACAGGAGAUCCAGCCAAGAGGAUGAAAGGUGCCUAUGGCUACAUUGGAUACUUCGGUGUCAUCAUUCUGUCCAUAUCUGUAGCCUUGCAACUGCUUGGAGUCUUUUAAGACAACUGUCAUCUUGUUUACUCGUUUAUACUAGCUUGCAUGGCAUUUUCAGUUGUAUCAACUCUAAAGUAGCUGUACAAUCGUCUAAAUGCUAAUUUCCAAAUUAUGAUGCUAAACACAUUUUUAUGGACCACUAACUUGAGCUCUUUAUAUUCCAA